UUGUGAGUCAACGAGAUAAGUGCAUGUUUUUUAAAUAAUAUAUUAUUGUUCGACUAUAAUCUUGAGGAUAACAAGUUAUAUUUGAAUUCAGUAUCAUUUGAAAGUAUUGAUUGCACUGUGCUAUGUGUUUUUAAGAUUAAAGGAGCUCAUAUAAACCUUUUCCUUAAAAAAAAAUGGCAAAUAUUCAGGAAGAUGAUAAUUUCGUAAUUCAUGGACUGAAGUCGGAAAUACCUCUGGUUAAGUUACCCGUUGGAAAGCUCAUUCAAAAUGAACUUUUAAAUGUUCCCGCGGAAGCAGUAGCUUUGAUAGACGGAUUUACUCAAAAACAGAUCCUGUACAGGGAACUCUUACAAAAAUCAGUAGACCUGGCUGAAGCACUCAGACGACACGGUUAUGAAGGGCAACACAACGUCUUUUCAAUAUCCAGCGAGAAUUGUCUGGAAUUUUUUAUUCCAGUUUUUGCCAGUUAUUUUAAUGGCACCAUUAUGGCUCCACUAAAUCAUUUGUAUACAGAGUAUGAGCUAGAAUACGUCUUAAAAAUUAGUUAUCCCAAAGUAAUAUUUUGUUCCGAAGACACUCUUGAUAAUUUUAUUAUAUUGAAAAAGAAGUUGGGAUUUAUUGAAAGAAUCAUUUUACUGAGUAGAUCAGAUGAAACUCCAGCUUCCAAUGAGUACGAAACUAUUGAUGAAUUUUCCAAAAAUACCUUGCAAGGAGUUAAUGUAGAUCCAAGAACAUUUAGUCCCACGUUAGGUGAUGUCAACAAGAUGGUGGCUUUGAUAAUGUGCUCCUCUGGCACUACUGGUCUUCCUAAGGGUGUAGCUAUAUCGCAUUUGGCACUUUGUCUUAGAUUAACUCAUAGUAGGGACCCACGGUACCAAAACACCAAUAGCAAGUUCCUUCUCGGAAUAAUGCCUUUCUUCCACGGUUAUGGUAUGCAUGUCACCUUUAGUAGCCUGCUAAAUGGACACACCGUUAUCUGCAUGAGGCAAUUUGAUGGCGAAGUUUACCUUAGGUCAAUCCAAGAUUAUAAGAUUGACUCCAUAGGAAUUGCUCCACCUUUGGCUCUAUUCUUUAUCAACUCACCUCUUGUAGACCAAUAUGAUUUAAGUAGUCUUAAAGAUGUAUUUUGUGGAGCGGCUCCAUUGGGUCGAGACGUUGAGGAGCAAUUGAAAAAAAAACUAAAUAUUAAAUCGAUGCGUCAAGGCUAUGGCCUUACAGAAAUGACCCUAGCCGUUACAGUCGUAACUUAUGGUGAUUCAAGACCAGGUUCGUCUGGUAAAGUGAUAUCUUUUUUAUCUGGCAAAGUUAGAGAUCCAGAAACCGGAAGAUCGUUGGGACCAAAUCAGGUUGGAGAGCUCUGCUGGAAGGGGCCUUAUCAAAUGCUUUACUAUUAUAAUAACCCAGAAGAAGAAAUGCCAGAAGACAACACACACGUAUUCCAUGGAGGCGAAUCUCCAAUACCACUUAUAAGAGAAACCAUUGGACCGCAACUAAAGCAAAUAUUCCAAAGUUUACCCAAAGAUGCCAUAGCAAUGAUCGAUGCCUUCACUCACGAAAAACUUCUUUACUCCGAACUGUUCCAAAAAACUGUUAACCUCGCAACUGCACUUAGACACUAUGGGUACGACGGCCAAAAUAACGUGCUCUCAAUUAGUAGCGAAAAUUGUCUGGAUUUCUAUGUUCCGGUUCUGGCAAGCUUCUGUAAUGGCUCUAUUAUGGCCCCUUUUAACCAUCUUUAUACCCCUUAUGAGUUAGAACAAGUCAUGCGGAUAAGCAACCCUAAAAUCAUUUUUUGUUGCGAGGAUGUAGUAGAAAAAUUUGUGCACUUAAAGGAGAAGCUAGGAUUUAUAGAGAGAAUCAUUGUAUUAGGUAUCUCCACUCUAAGCUCUAAAAUACAAGAACUUAAAUCCAAUGUGGAAACUCUGGAUGGGUUCAUACACAGUGCUUUGCUAGGGAAAAAUGUGGAUGUAAACAAAUUUGAACCCGUAAGAGAGGAUGCCAGCCAAAUGGCCGCCUUAAUAUUAUGUUCAUCUGGAACAACUGGACUACCAAAAGGAGUCACUCUAUCACAUUUACCAUUAUGUGUAAGAUUAGUACAUAAUAGGGAUCCACGUUAUUUUAUUACUGACUCAAAGACAGUAUUGGGUCUAAUGCCUUUUCAUCAUGGUUUCGGGAUGUUUGUGGGAUUUAGCGCUCUGGCCAGCGGACAAACCAUAAUCAGCUUAAGAAGGUUCGACGAAGAUCUAUUUUUAAAGUCCAUACAAGACUAUAAAAUUCAAACUUUAUACGUUGCACCCCCAUUGGCUAUUUUUUUGGCGGGAACUAAGAAACUGGAUCAGUAUGACUUAAGUAGCGUAACGGAUUUUGUAUGUGGAGCGGCGCCUUUAUGUGAAGAGAUUGAGAAAGAAGUAAAACGCCGAUUUAAAUGUGAUUCGGUUCGUCAAGGUUAUGGAUUAACAGAAAUGACUCAAGCUAUCGCUAUUGUUCCCAGGGGUGAAUCCAGGCAUGGUUCUUCUGGCAAAUUAAUGUCUUUUAUUUCUGGAAAAGUUCGGGAUCCAGAAACUGGUCGUUCAUUAGGACCUAAUCAAGUGGGAGAGUUUUGUUGGAAGGGACCCUAUGCGAUGAUGGGUUACUAUAAAAACGAACAAGCUACUAAAGAUAGUUUUACGAGUGAUGGAUGGCUUAAAAGUGGAGAUUUGGGAUACUACGAUAACGAUGAAUAUAUUUAUAUAAUAGACCGUAUAAAAGAGCUAAUAAAAUAUAAGGGUUAUCAGGUUGCACCUGCUGAGUUAGAAGCCAUUAUUAUUAAUCAUCCUAAAGUUAAGGACGUAGGAGUUGUUGGUGUACCGGAUGAUUUGGUAGGAGAACGACCUCUGGCAUUUGUGGUUAAGAAAGAAAAUAUCGAUGUUUCUGAAGAGGAAAUUAAACAACACGUAGCAAGUUUCGUUUCACCACAGAAACGACUAAGCGGUGGUGUAAUUUUCGUAAAUGAUAUACCGAAAAACGUAAGUGGAAAAAUACUCCGGAGAAAACUGAGGGAUUUAUUAAAGAACUAUACCAUGCAAACCUUAGAAUCAAAGCUUUAGAGUUAUAUUAAUGUAUUUUUAAUAAAUUUACCUUUAUA